UGCUUAGGAUACGAUCAACUUAAUUCGAUCAUCUGUCGAUUUUCGACAACAAGUCGAGGCAUUUUGCCAAUGACAUUCCGGCUUGACGAUUAAUCGGCUAUUUUUCGACAUCUGUCUUGAAUAAAGACACUAUUUGUGAAGAUGGUCGCUAUUAAUCAGGCUUUGGCCGAUAGCGCUUAUUUCGUCGCAAGAGCCAUUGAAUAUCAAGCCCGACAAGCAGCCACGACUGCAUUGAGUUCAACGGCCAGCGGAGCACCAUCCCCGACAUCUAGUACACCGUUGCCAUCAACAACAUCACCACCUCCUAGCCCUGAACCGUCCUCAAAUAAUGAUUCGAACAACAACAAUAACUCGUCGAGUGGUAGUUCCCCACUGCUGUUCUUCGUCGCUCUGGGCUUUGGUGUUGUUUUCACCAACCUUUGGAUUAUUGUUGGCGUGAAAUACUGUUUCCGUUACAAUGCGCGAAAUCGACAAUUGCGGGGGUUGGAUGAAAAUGGAGAACCUAUCAACCUCGAGAAUAUGCCCGCUCGGCCUCAUCGACGUCGUCGUGAAAAGAAACUAAUGACGAUGGAUGAAGUCAACGAGAAAUUCCCUAUGAUGAAAUAUAAGGCUUGGGUGUCAGCACGAGCAAGUGAAGGAUUACCAACCGCCGGUGGCGUCUCAGCCCCGGCAAGCCGCGCCAAUAGUAUUCGAAGUGUUGAAGGUAUCAUACCGGAAGUGCCAUCUAAGGAACAAGAUCAUGCAGAAGAACUUCAUGAUGCUGGCGCAGUUCCUAAACCUGCAGAACAAGACACCAUACCCGAUGCACCUGAUAGCAACGCAGCUGAGAACGUACUUACGCAAGCACAAACUGCGGAGAGUAUAAACAUCAAGGACCACGACCACCGUGCUAGUGUUGACGAGGACGAAGAUGACGAGCACAUUAACGCUGCGCUGCCUCCUGAGCUGAUAGGUACACAGGGUGACACAUGUGCUAUAUGUAUUGAUACUCUCGAGGAUGACGACGAUAUUCGUGGUUUAACUUGUGGUCACGCUUUCCACGCUGUUUGCAUCGAUCCUUGGUUAACAAACAGGAGAGCUUCCUGCCCUCUAUGUAAGGCAGAUUACUAUACCCCUAAACCACGACCACCUCCUGCAGAUGGUGACCCGGCUAAUCCUACAUCACCCACCACUGAUCCGUCUCGGAACAAUGGUCGUAUGAAUAUGCCGAGGUCUCCGCAACGCACUUUCACAUCAUGGAGCAACUUCCGGGGGGCUCCGCGUGGCAUGAUUGCGGGUCGCUUCGGGGGUACGGGUGCGGAUUCGUCCAAUCAUGGUCGACAGCCGCGUAUAUGGGAUAGGAAUCGGUCUCAGCGACAACGGCAGCCUCGCUCUGAAUCCGAGCCUGCCACAGAGGAGAGAGAUGGUAUUUUUACGAGGGUUCGCAGUCGGUUCCCACCUUUUAGAUUAAAUGAGAUGAUGCGUAGGGAGCGCAACGGACAAACAACCGAGACAGGGGAAGCAACGGCCUCUGGCGCCAAUGGUGGCGCAAACACAACACCAUCACAAUUGGAAGCAGGUGUACGGCCGUCUACAAAUACGGCGAACUAAGAAGUUUCAACCUCCAUAGAACGUCGGCUUGAGCGGAAUAUAUAUAAACAUUGCAUUGUUACUAGGCUUGCUCGAAUAUAUCUAUGCACACAGACGCGG